AGUCAGCUGUUGGGUCCUCGUCGUCACCAGUAGUCACAGUCGAGUGCCGGCUGCUAAGAUGGUGGCGGAGAGGAUGCUGCUGUGGAUUGUCGCCGCGCUGCAGGCGGUAUCCACAUAUGGAACAGAGAUAUCGUCGGAAGCAUGCAGGGAUCUUGGCUUCUCCAGUAAUCUGUUGUGCAGCUCCUGUGACCUACUUGGACAGUUUGGUCUGAAUGGGCUUGAUCCAUUCUGUAGACAGUGUUGCCAGGAAGAAGCACAUUUGGAAUCGAGAAAGAUGUAUGCUGGAGCUAUUCUAGAGGUCUGUGGAUGAAAGUUGGGGAGGUUCCCACAAGUCCAAGCUUUUGUCAGGAGUGACAAGCCCAAGCUUUUCAAGGGCCUGCAAAUCAAGUAUGUGCGUGGCUCUGAUCCUGUACUGAAGCUGUUGGAUGACAAUGGGAACAUCUCUGAAGAACUCAGCAUUACCAAGUGGAAUACAGACAGUGUGGAAGAAUUCCUAGGCGAAAAGUUGCACCGUUUAUAAUCUAUUAUACAUAUCGCAAUCCUGUUCUUUAUCCAAUGCAGACUCCUUCCAUAAUCAGGUUUAAUUAUUUCAUAUUUGAACACAGAAUAUUUAUAUUAUAAUCCUGUGAUGCCACCAGUGGCUCUGCUCUGGGUAUAAGCUCUCGAUUCACAGAUACCUUUUUCUUGUGGAAAUGCAGCCUGAGCAGACUUGGCAGACACCUUUACUCUAUGUGAUAAUAUAUUCCCUCUUUUAAAUUACAGGAAUAUUGGAAGUUCAUUAGCUUUUAUAGUGACCUCAUAUUAUUGAAUAAAUUGCAAGUGUUUCUAAUGAUGCUAUGUCAAGUAUAUGCAUCUAUGUACAGGAACGUGUAUCGAUGAAACUUAUUAUAUAUGUCCAUUGGAUAUACUAGCAUUUCUUGAUUAGAGGUUGUUGGUCUGCUUCUAUCCAGCUGUUGGGGGCCCAUAUCCUGGGAUUUGUAGAUCCACAGCUUGUCCACGCCUGGUCUAAAUGUUCCUGAAAACUUAAGUAGCCAUUUCCUUGAGUCUUGUAACCCAUACAGUGUAAAUAAAAUUAAUUCUUAAGAAUGAGAAGCAUUGACGUACCCCAUUGUUGGACAUCGAAGUGCUAGACAUGUAAAUCACCUUUCAGAUACAAUGCGCCUCUUGUAAUUCUGCAGUACCACAAAAUGACUAUGAGCCAGUUUGAAAAUGAGGCAUUCCCAAAUUCCGUUUGAGAGUCUGAAUCACUGAGAUUAUAACGCCUUCUUUUUUUACUGCCCUUUUCAGUAAUAAAAUGUGCAAUCAACUAGGCACAUUAUAAUGGAUAGGGUGGCAUUGAUUAAAUAUCAUAAGGUCACUUUACCAGAAUAAUAAAAAAAAAAAUGCACAUUUGUAAUCCUUUAGCAAUUGGCACUCUUUUGAUGGAUGUCACAAUGUCCUUUAGUGCCCUUCUUUUUGUUAUAUUUCAAAUGCAUUUUGUAUCUCUGUCUUUUUUUUUUUUUCCUCAAGGUUUUUAUUUACAGCAUCUAGCAGAAUCGGAUGCUGAAAGGAUGUGUUGUUUUGUGAUGAUGAAAGGACUCCGUUCACUGCACUAGAUAUGACACAUUAGGGUCAUGCACUUUAGUGAAGACUACACAGAAAACCUUCAUAAGGCUUGUGGAAUGUCUGAUGUGCCGUGUGCUGUACCCCAAUGUCUCUCUACUGCUUUAAAUAGGAGUUGAAUGAACUGGCUUGUUGAAGAAAGAUCUGUUUAAAUACAAAAAUAAAGACUUUUUCAAAUAUUAUAA